AUGGGGUUGGCUAUGGGUUGGGGUUGUGCAAUUGGGAGGGGUUGGGGUUGGAGGGGGUUGGGUGGGGUUGGAGGAAUGGGGGUUGGCUUUGGGUUUGGUUGUGCAAUAGGAGGGGUUGGGGUUGGGUGGAGGAAUGGGUUGGCUUUGGGUUUGGGUGUGCAAUUGAGGGGUUUGGGUUGGGGUUGGAGCAUGGGGUUGGCUUUGGGUUUGGGUUGUGCAAUAGGAGGGGUUGGGGUUGGGGUUGGAGCAAUGGGUUGGUUUGGGUUUGGGUUGUGCAAGGAGGGGUUGGGGUUGGGUUGGAGCAAUGGGGUUGGCUUUGGAUUUUGGUUGUGCAUAGGAGGGGUUGGGGUUGGGGUUGGAGGAAUAGGUGUGGCUUUGGGUUUGGGUUGUGCAAUUGGAGGGGUUGGGGUUGGGGUUUUUUGUUUCUGUGUUGGUAGGAAGGGUGCUGUUGUUGCUAGGGCUGUUGUAGUGGUGUUGGCUUUGUUUUUUUUUGGGUGUUGGAGAAAGGCUGCUCUUGUUGGUUUGGUCUGUUGUAGUGGUGUUGGAUGGGGUGUUGGUUUCGGUGGUGGGGGUGAAUGUGUUCUUGUUGGAUGGGGCCGUUGGAUUGGUGUUGGCAGGGUUGUUGGUAGGAAGGGUGUUGCCUUUCGCUUGGGUGGUGGCUUCUGUAUUGGG